AUGGCAGGGAUGGGAAUAGCCUUUCUCUGCAUUCGCAGAGGUGCUCAUCGGCCUGCAGCUGAACUGCGGGUCUGCAAGCGGGGGAGCCCCCGUUUGGUGGCUCAGGCCUCCAGCCGGCUGGACGAGGCCACGUUCCCAGAGGACACAGAAUCGGAGAGUACCCACUGGCUCCGGACGAGUUACGAUAGCACGUUUGACGAUGAGGAUCUCAUGGCUGGCGGCCCGUCCGGAGAUGAGAACGGCAGCGGAGAGAACGGCAGCGGGAUCACCUCGGUCGACUCCUCCCACGACCUCUUCUCCACAGGGCCCUCAUCCAGCGGGCGAUACCUGUGCCAGCUCUCCCGGCUUGGCCAAGGCCACUGGCUGCCCAGCUUAAAAGCGUCCCGGCGAAGCAGAGUCCCAAGUCCCAAGGCAGAUGCCGGCAGGGCUCGCCUGGAGAGUGGCAGCCUCGGGGCAUGGCUGGUGGCUCAGGCCUCCAGCCGGCUGGACGAGGCCACGUUCCCGGAGGACACAGAAUCGGAGAGUACCCACUGGCUCCGGAUGAGUUACGAUAGCACGUUUGACGAUGAGGAUCUCAUGGCUGGCGGCCCGUCCGGAGAUGAGAACGGCAGCGGAGAGAACGGCAGCGGGACCACCUCGGUCGACUCCUCCCACGACCUCUUCUCCACAGUGGGCGAGGUCAGUGCCCGACCACAGGCGACCCACAGGGCCUUGGUAAUGGGAAGCCCUGGAGGAAGCCGGGCGGCUGUGGUGGCUUUCCCGGGCCCAGACUGCGGAGGCCGGCACCUGACGCAGGCCGGCCUGCGGGCCUUCUCCCACCCCAUCCCUGGAGCGGAGUUUGGCCAUCCAGUUUUGCAGCUGGGUCUGGAAUCUGCCGCUGGCUGGGCCUCUCCGCAGGCUGUGAAAACCGGGGUCUACUUCCGGGCUCAGGUGAACUUCACCCAUUCCCUCGAGUACAGCCCCCGCCUGGAAGAUGUCAACUCGGAGGCCUUCCUGGAGGUGUCCGAAGCGGUGGUGGAUACGCUGGAAUCUGAAUACAUCAAGAUCCCCGGCGAGCAGUCGGUCAGCGUGGUUUUUAUCAAGGAGGUUGACGGCUACAUCUUCGUGGAGCUGGACGUGGGAUCCGAGGGGAACGCGAACGACCGGCAGAUCCGCGAGGUGCUCUUCUCCGUGGUGGACAGCGGGUCCAUCGCCUCCUACCGCACCUCCCGGAAGGGAUUCCAGUUCCGGCGCCUGGGAGCAGUCACCCCAGAGAUCCGGCCUUGCACGGCGGAGGAGUUCACUUGCCUGAACGGAGAAUGCAUCGCCAGCGAGUUCUUCUGCGACCGGCGGCCGGAUUGCCGCGACAUGUCGGACGAGCUGGACUGCGAACCUGAGAGGCCUUUGGGCCCCGCCUCCUCCCCGUCGCCCAGCACCGCCCGGAUCCCUGCCACCACGUCCCCCAUCACCACCCGCCGGGUACCAGUCACCAAGCCCCCACUGGGGCCCGGGUUCCACUCCUGCCGGAAAGACGAGGCCGUGUGCUCCAACGGGCAAUGCAUCCGCCGGGACUAUCUGUGUGAUGGCGAGCGGGACUGCCCGGAUGGCAGUGACGAACAGAACUGCGGCACUCCCUCACCCUGCGAACCCAAUGAGUUCCGAUGCCGGAACGGGCACUGCGCCCUCACGCUUUGGCGCUGCGACGGGGACAAUGACUGCGCCGACGGCUCUGACGAGCUGGACUGCCCCACCAAGGCCCCUGGAGACACCUGUGGCCCCGACCAGUUUGUCUGCCUCUCCAGCCACACCUGCAUCCCGGCCAGCUACCAGUGCGAUGACGAGGCCGACUGCCAGGACCGCUCGGACGAGAUUGGUUGCAUCCCUCCACAGGUCAUCACUCCCCCGGAGGAGUUCAUCCAGGCUGCCUCAGGGGAUACCAUUCGCUUCACCUGUGUGGCCGUGGGCGUGCCGACCCCCCUCAUCUCCUGGAGGCUCAACUGGGGCCAUAUCCCCAGCAGCCGCAGGGUGAGCUUCACCAGCGAGAACGGCCGGGGGACGCUGGUCAUCCAGGAUGUCAAGGAGGCCGACCAGGGGGCUUACACCUGCGAGGCUAUCAACGCCCGGGGAAUGGUCUUUGGCAUCCCGGACGGUGUGUUGAGCGUCACGCCCAGCCGAGGGCCCUGCCCCGAGAGGCACUUUCACGUUGAAGGGACCGGUCAGUGCUUGCCCUGUUUCUGCUUCGGGGUCGCCAAAUCGUGCCGCAGCACCGGCCGCUACCGUCAACAAAUCCACCUCCGGUUCGAUGAACACAACAAUUUCAAAGGGGUGAACGUGACCUCCCUCGAUCAACCCGGGACGCCUCCCCUGGCCUCGACGCAGAUGCAGAUCGAGCCCGGCGUGCAGGAGUUCCGGCUGGUCGAUCUCUCUCGGCACUUCCUCACGCACGAUGCCUUCUGGACCCUCCCCAAGCAGUUCCUGGGGAACAAGGUGGAUUCCUACGGAGGCUCCCUCCAGUUCACGGUGCGCUACCACCUGGGCCGAGGCCAGUCGGAGCCCGUCCCGAAGCCGGACGUGGUCAUCGUGGGCAACGGGCAGAAGCUGUUUUACCGGCUGCACACGCCCCCCGACCCCUUUGUGGCCAACCGGCGCCAGGUCCAUUUCACGGAGGAGAACUGGCAGAAGGAGUCCGGGGAGCCCGUGAGCCGAGAGGAGCUGCUCCUUGCCCUGCAGAACCUGGAGGCCCUCAUGAUCCAGACGGUUUAUGAUAACCGGAUGGCCACCGUGGGACUGAGCAACAUCGUCAUGGACACCACCACCACGGAGGUCACCGGCCUGGGUGUGGCGCAUCACGUCGAGGAGUGCAGGUGCCCCGUGGGCUACUCUGGCCUGUCCUGUGAGCGGUGCGAGCCUCACUUCAAGCGAGUGCCCAGCGGCCCUUACCUGGGCAUCUGUUCCGGCUGCAGCUGCCACGGCCACUCCACCUCCUGCGACCCCUUCUCUGGCUACUGCCUGAACUGCCAGCACAACACUGAAGGGCCGCGGUGCGACAAAUGCAAGCUGGGCUUCUUCGGCGAUGCCACCCAGGCCAGCCCAGCAGCGUGCCGGCCUUGCCCGUGCCCGUACACUGAAGCUCCACGCAGGUUCUCCAACUCGUGCUUCUUGGAUACGGACAGACAGGCGACCUGCGACGCCUGCCUCCCAGGCUACACGGGACGCCGCUGCGAAAGGUGUGCUCCUGGCUAUGAAGGCAACCCCAUCCAGCCGGGCGGGAAGUGCGUGCUGAUUGGAGGAGAUGGAAUCCCGCCUCCAGGGAAGGAUUUACCCUGCGACGAGCGAGGGGGCAGGAAGGCCUCGGAUGGGGGCUGCCGGUGCAAGCCCAAUGUCCAGGGCGCGUCGUGCAGCGAGUGUGUCACGGGCAGCUUCCACUUGAGCCACGGGAACCCCGAUGGCUGCCUCCGCUGUUUCUGCAUGGGGGUCUCCCGCCAGUGUGCCAGCUCAUCCUGGAACAGAGAUCAGGUGCAGCUGGCACAGGAGGAUGCCCAGAGGGGGCAGUUCACCCUCGCCAACUUGGCCAACACCCGGACGGUCAGCGAGGGCAUCCGCUUCGUUGGGGGCUCGGAGCUCUCCUUCUCUUCCUUCCACAUUCUGCCACGGGACGUUUACUACUGGGUGCUGCCCGAGAGCUUCAAGGGAGACAAGGUGACCUCGUACGGCGGAGAGCUGCGCUACACCAUCACCCACCACGCCUUGCCCGGCUCCCCUCUGCUGCGCGGCCAGCCCGACGUUCUGCUGCAAGGAAACGGCAUUUUCCUGGAACACGUGGCGACCAGCGCCCCCCUGCCUGGGGAGCCGACCACCUUUGCGGUGUCCUUCCGGGAGCAAGCCUGGCACCGUGCCGAUGGGCAGAACGCCACCCGGCAGCACCUCCUGAUGGCGCUGGCUGACAUCGAUGUUUUCAUGAUCCGGGCCUCCUACGCCGAGCGACCUUCUGAGAGCAGGAUCUCUGACAUCCACAUGGAUGUGGCAGUGCCACACACCACGGGCCUGAACCCAGCCCCAGAGGUGGAGGAAUGCACCUGCCCGCCCGGGUACCGAGGGCCAUCCUGCCAGGACUGCGACGUUGGGUACACACGUAGCACCAGCGGCCUCUACCUGGGCACCUGCGAGCCCUGCGGUUGCAACCGGCAUGCAACCGAGUGCGACACGGAGACGGGAGAGUGCCAGGGCUGCCAGCACCACACUGAAGGGCUCCAUUGCGAACGCUGCCAACCUGGAUUCUACGGGGACGCCCGCCGCGGGACGCCCAGGGACUGCCAGCCGUGCCCCUGCCACGGGCCACCUUCAGCCAUCCAACAAACCUGGACCUGCUUUGUGGAUGCAGACGGAGGGCCAACCUGUGACUCCUGUUCCCCGGGCUACAUCGGGCGCCAGUGUGAACGGUGUGCUUCUGGCUACGUUGGGAACCCGAGUCAGGGUCAACCCUGCACAGAUUCCGACUCCCGGUGCCAGUGCCACCCGCACGGCAGCAUCAGCAGCCGGUGUGAUGCCAACAGGCAGUGCCAGUGUAAGGACCACGUGGAGGGCUUAUCCUGCGACCGCUGCCGCCUUCAUCACUUCCACCUGAGUGCGGAGAACCCCCUGGGCUGCCUGCCCUGCUUCUGCAUGGGGGUCACCCAGCAGUGCACCAGCUCGUCCUACCACCGGGACGUGAUCGCUACCUCCUUCCAUCCCGGAGACUUCCAGGGCUUCGCGCUGGUCAACCGACAGCGCAGCAUCCGCCUUCUGACCGGCUUUGCAGUGGAGGAGUCCCCCAGGGGCCCUCAGCUCUCCUACGGCCAAUUUGGGGAGCUGGGCCAGGAGUCCUAUUACUGGCAGCUGCCGGAGGCCUACCUGGGAGACAAGGUGAGUCCAGGUGGGAGGGGGGAGACCUAUUAUGCCCGGAUGCGUCGUGCCCACAAGAAUUCCACAUCCCUCUCGGAGCAGCAGCUGCGGAAGGAGGUGGCCGCGGGGUGGAUCCCCAGCCCUCUGGCCCUCCAGAGCAGGGGCAGGCGAGCUGCUCAGGCCCAGGAAACUCAGCUGAGACAGGAUGCUGACAUCUGGGAGAUGCUUUCCCGCCUUGCAGCAGAAGGCAGCCCCCCCACAUCUUCCCCACCCGCCAAACUGCGGAGGCCCCCUGUGGCCCGCAGAGGCCCCCUGCACCCUCCCCGCUCGGCUGCUCCCCCAGGGAUGGUGCUGCACUUCGCCAGCGUCCAGCCCUCGGAGGCCGGCGUCUACAUCUGCACCUGCCGGAACCCCCAGUUCACCAACUCCAGCCGCAGCGAGGUGAUCGUCACAGAAGGCCCCAGCAAGGCCAUCUCCGUGACGGUGGAAGAGCAGAAGCUGCAGAACGUGAAGCCCGGCAGCGAUGUCACCUUUCUCUGCACGGCCAGGAGCAAAUCUCCUGCCUACACGCUGGUGUGGACCCGGCAGAACAACGGGAAGCUGCCCAGCCGUGCCAUGGACUUCAACGGCAUCCUGACCAUACGCAACGUGCAGCCGGAGGAUGCCGGCAUCUACGUCUGCACGGGCUCCAACAUGUUUGACAUGGACGAGGGGACGGCCACCCUCUACGUGCAAGGAGGACCCGGAGGCGUGAUCCCUCCCAAGGCCGUUAUCCAGGGUGGGAUCCUGCGCUUCCCUGCGGUUGAGCCUGCCGACGAGUCCCAGUACCUGUGCCGAGUGCGAAACAGUGUUGGGCAGCAUGUGGCCCGAGCUUUCCUGCAGGUGCAAAGUACCAGUGUCCCCCAAGUGCAGGUGAGCCCCGAGCGGACAGAGGUGCAGGAAGGCAGCACCGUCAGACUGUACUGCCGGGCGGCGGGCUCCCCAGCGGCCACCAUCACCUGGGAGAAAGAGGGCGGCAGCUUGCCUCCACAGUCCCACUCGGAGAGAACGGACAUCUCCACCCUGGUGAUUCCCUCCAUCACGGCCGCCGACGGAGGGGUGUACCUAUGCGUGGGCAGCAGCCCGAUGGGAGUCGGCAGAGCCCGCAUUGAAGUGGUGGUCAUUCGGGCGCGCGGCGUCUCGCCCACCGUCAAGAUCGAAGCUUCCUCUUCUUCGGUCACAGAAGGCCAGUCCUUGGACUUGAACUGCGUGGUGGCCGGCCACCCUACAGCCUCUGUCACCUGGUACCGGCGGGGAGGGGCCCUGCCAGCCAACCACCAGAUCCAUGGGGCCCUCCUGCGAAUCUUGGAGGUCUCUGCCGCUGACUCCGGGGAAUACGUCUGCCGCGUCAGCAACGGAGCUGGCCCGAAGGAAGCCUCCAUCAAGGUGACCAUCUCCCAGGGUAAGGCCAAAGGCCCCACACCUCGGCAUGGGGAGGACAGGCCGUCCCCAGUCAGGAUCGACUCUGCCUCCUCGUCCAUCACCGAGGGUCAGGCUUUGGACCUCACCUGCCAGGUCACGGGCCUCUCGCAGCCCAGGGUCACUUGGUACAAGCGGGAAGGGGCCCUCCCGGCUAAUCGCAAGAUUUCUGGGCUCCAUUUGAGGAUUCUGAAGGCCACGGCAGCGGACUCGGGCGAAUAUGUGUGUCGGGUGACGGACGGUGACAGCGGCAUGGUUCAAGAGGCCUCCAAAGUCAUCACCGUGCACAGCAGCUCCCAAACCUUGGGAGGAGUCGGACCCCCGCUAUGGAUUGAGCCUUCGUCACCCUCCAUCGUCCAAGGAGAAGCUUUGGACUUGAACUGCGUUGUGGCCAGCCAAACUAGCGCCACCAUCACCUGGUACAAACGAGGCGGAUCCUUGCCAGCCGGCCACCAGGUCUCCGGUUCCCACCUGCGCAUCGCCCGGCUCUCCCCGGCUGACCUUGGGGAAUACGUCUGCCGCGUCAGCCUGGGUUCCCUCACCCGAGAAGCUUCCGUCCUCGUCUCCCGCGCCCGCUCCUCCUCCAGUAGGUCCUUUGGCGUGGCUCCUCCCGUGAGGAUCGAGGCCUCGUCAGCCGUCAUCGCUGAGGGACAAACGCUGGAGCUGGACUGCGUGGUUUCCCGCCUGGAGCAAGCCAUGGUUACCUGGUACAGACGGGGUGAAGCCCUGCCAGCCCAUCACCAGGCCUCGGGAACUCGCCUGCGGCUGGUCAAGGUCUCUCCCGCUGACUCUGGAGAGUACGUAUGCCGGGUCAGCUCCGAUGCUGCCAGCCACGAAGUCUCCGUCUUGGUCACUGUCCAGCAGCAGGAGGGCAGCCCUGUUUUCCCCUCCGGGGUGAUCCCCCCCGUCCAGAUCGAGUCCUCCUUCACCUCGCCCUCCGAGGGCCACAUCUUGGACCUCAAAUGCAUCGUGGCCGCCUCCGUGCCGCAGGCGAAAGUCACCUGGUAUAAGCGAGGAGCGGCUCUUCCUGCCGGCCACCAGGUCUCCGGCUUCGUCCUGCGCAUCCCCCAGGCUUCGCCAGCUGACUCUGGGGAGUACGUCUGCCGCGUCAGCCACGGCUCAGCCGUUCACGAGGCCUCACUGCUGGUGACCAUCAAGGGCGAAACGGGCUCCUACUUUGUGGGCGUCACUCCCCCGAUCAGGAUUGAGACCUCCUCCACAGCCAUCUCGGAGGGGCAGACUUUGGACCUGAACUGCCUGGUGGCCGGCCAGUCCCAAGCCAGGGUCAUGUGGUACAAGCGCGAGGGCGCCCUGCCCGUCCACAGUCAGAUUUUCGGAACCCGCCUCCGGAUCUCACAGGUUUCGGCGGCCGAUUCGGGCGAAUACGUCUGCUACGUGAACGACGGCACCAGCCGACUGGAGACGUCCAUCAUCGUGUCCAUUCCCAGCAGCUCGGGUGGCCCACACAGUAGGUGCCCGGGAAUGAUUCCGCCGGUGCGGAUCGAAUCCUCCUCUUCCUCCCUCGCCGAGGGGCAGACCUUGGAGCUGAACUGCCUCGUGACUGGCCAGACACACCCCAAAAUCACCUGGUUCAAGAGAGGGGGACCCCUCCCCCCCAACCACCAGGUCUCGGGCACUCGCCUCCGCAUCCCGCAGGUCUCCUCUGCCCACUCGGGCGAGUACGUCUGCCGCGUCAGCAGCCCCACCGCCAUCCAGGAGGCGGUGUUGUUGGUCACCAUCCAGGAUAGCGAGAGCCCCUCCCACCGGCCUGCCCCAGCCCUGAGGAUUGAGGCGUCCUCCCCCUCCGCCGUGGAAGGAGGGACCCUGGAUCUGUCGUGCGUUGCGCCAAGCCAGCCCCAGGCCACGUUCACCUGGUAUCGGCGAGAGGGCCAGCUGCCAGCGGGUCACCAGGUCUCCAACACCCACUUGCGGCUGGUCCAACUCACCCCCGCCGACUCCGGCGAAUACGUGUGCCGCGUGAGUGCAGGCAGUGUCCCGCAGGAAGCCUCUUUCGUGGUCUCUGUCGUGGCUAACACCAGUCCUACUUCCCGUCUUCAGAGCCCCAUCAUCUCCAUCGAGCCCCACAGCGUGCUGGUGCGCGGAGGGGAAGAGGUUUCCUUCAGCUGUCACAUCCACAAAGGCACCCCGCCCCUGGAGAUCACCUGGAAGCUGCCCAACGACCAGCUGCUAGAUAACGUGAGGAUCAGCCCUAACGGCUCUGCCAUCACCAUCUCCAACGCCCGUCCGGAAAACCACGGGGCCUACCGCUGCGUGGUCUCCAACCGGUUUGGGAUUGCCAACAGCCUGGUCAACGUCAUGGUCCAAGGGCUGCCUACCAUCUCAGUGGUGCCGAAGGGCCCCCUGCAGCUCAAGGUGGGCAAGUCCAUCAGCGUGGACUGCCUGGCGGCCGGAGACCCCCGGGCUGUAGUGCGCUGGACCAAGCUGGGAGCCUGGAGGAAGCUGGAGAACCAGAGGCUGCUACCGCUGGAGAGCCGAGCUGUGCUACAGAUCUCCUCCGCAAAGCUGGGGGAUGCCGGCACCUACGUGUGCGUGGCCCAGAACUCCGUGGGCACCACGGAGGUCCAGGUGGACGUGAGCGUGGAGGCGGUGCACGGCAGGAGAGGAGUCCCCGAAAUCCACGUGACUCCGACCCAGACAGUGCAGGCUGGACAGACGGCUCGGCUCCAUUGCUCUGCCACCGGUGACCCGGCACCCACCAUCCAGUGGUCCAAGCUGCGGGCUCCGUUGCCCUGGCAGCAUCAAGUGGUGAACGACACCCUCAUCAUCCCCCGGGUGGCCCAGCAGGACUCGGGCCAGUACAUCUGCAACGCCAGCAACUCUGCGGGGUUCACCGAAGCCUUCGUGGUGCUGGACGUGGAGAUACCACCCUACGCCACCAGUCUUCCCAACCGAGCAGUGGUGCAGGAGGGCGAGGCGGUGCAGCUGCAGUGCCUGGCCCACGGCACGCCCCCCCUGCGCUACCAGUGGACCAAGGUGAACGGCAGCCUCCCCGGACGGGCUACGGUACGAGACGGGGUCCUGCACUUCAGCCAGGCCGGACACCGGGAUUCCGGCACCUACCGCUGCCACGUCAGCAACCGGGUGGGCUCCGCUGAGGCUUUGGCCCAGGUCUAUGUGCAAGGUCCUCCUCCCUCUUCUCCUCCCUCCUCCCUCCCUGCUGGUGGGCCCCUCUCCGUUCAGGUCACCCCUCAGAGCGACACCAAAGCCGUGGGUGCCACAGCAGAGUUUGUCUGCUCCGUUUCCGGGGAUCCUGGGGCGCAGAUCGAGUGGUUCAAAGAGGGCGGGGAGCUGCCUCCCACUCACACCAUCCACAACGGAGUGCUGCGGAUUGAGAAGCUGGACCGAGAGUGCCAGGGGGUGUAUGUCUGUCGGGUCAGGAGUCCCUCUGGCCAGGCCCAGGAGAGGGUCAGCCUGACUGUCCGGGCCCUCCCCAAAGUGAUGAUCAACAUCCGGACGUCGGUGCAGACCGUCCUAGUGGGCAGUGCCGUGGAGUUUGAGUGCUUGGCCUUCGGGGACCCCAAGCCGGACAUCACCUGGAGCAAAGUGGGCGGGCAGCUGCGCCCGGGCGUGCUGGCCAGCGGAGGCCUGGUGAAGAUCGAACGGGUGGAGCAGGCCGACGCGGGAAAGUACCGCUGCACGGCCACCAACAACGUCGGCACCGUCCAGUCCCACGUCAUCCUGCACGUCCAGUCUUCCCCCCAAGUGGCCGGCCAGCCGGAAGUGAAGGAGGUUUCUGCGGGCUCCACCGUGGUUUUCCCUUGCUCGGCCUCCGGGUUCCCCGUCCCGGAAAUCAAGUGGACCAAGCUGGAAGGGGAGCUGCCCCGGCAUGCCCACCUGGAGGACCACAGCCUGACUAUCCCCUCGGCUCGCCCGGAGGACACAGGCGUCUACGUGUGCACGGCAUCUAACCGGCAGGGGAAGGGGACGGCCUUCUCCAUGCUCAAAGUGCGAGAGCGGGUGGUGCCCUAUUUUACCCAGAAUCCUCGCUCCUACCUGGUCCUGCCCACCAUGAAGGAUGCCUACCGGGUGUUCGCCCUGGAGAUCACCUUCCGCCCCGAUACCCCGGAUGGGAUGUUGGUGUACAACGGUCAGAAAAAGGACACGGGCAGCGACUUCCUCUCCUUUGGGCUGGUGGGGGGCCGCCCAGAACUCAGGUUCGAUGCCGGUUCCGGCAUGGCCACCAUCCGGCACCCUUCGGUCCUCAAGCUGGGCGAGUUCCACACCGUCCGUCUCUAUCGCAACCUGACCCAGGGCUCCCUGGUGGUGGAGGGCCAGCCCCCCGUCAACGGCAGCUCCCAGGGCAGGUUUCAAGGCCUGGAUCUCAACGAGGAGCUCUACCUGGGCGGGUACCCCAAUUACGCGGCCAUCGCCAAAACCGGCCUCGGCAGUGGAUUUGUGGGAUGCGUGCGCCAGCUGAUCAUCCAAGGGAAGGAAGUGAUCUUCAAGGAUUUUGACCUGCAAGCCCACGGAGUCUCCCACUGCCCCACCUGCCAGGACCGACCAUGCCAGAACGGAGGGGUCUGCAGAGACUCGGACAGCAGCAGCUACAUAUGUGAGUGUCCCCAGGGGUUCGCCGGCAGCAACUGCGAGCACCCCCAGGCCCUGCGCUGCCACCCAGAGGCCUGUGGGCCCGACGCCACCUGCGUGAACCAAGCCUCCGGAGAGGGCUACACCUGCCGUUGCCUCUUGGGCCGACACGGGAGGAAGUGCACGGCGGGCCUCACGGUGACCACCCCCCACUUCCCGGGUGGGGACGCUUUCAUCUCCUACCCGACCCUCACCAGAAACCCCUACGAGCUGCGCCUGGAGGUCGAGGUCAAGCCGCUCUCCCCCAACGGCCUCCUCCUGUUCAACGGGGGCGACGGGAGCCCCGUGGCCGACUUCGUCGCGCUCAACAUGGCCAACGGGCACCUGGAGUUCCGCUACGAACUGGGCUCAGGUACCGCCGUGCUCCGGAGCCACAAGCCCCUGGCCCUGGGGCAGUGGCACAAGGUGGCGGCCGAGCGCCUGAACAAAGACGGCACCCUGCAGGUGGAUGAGGAGCGGCCCGUCAAGAGGUCGUCCCCCGGGAAGAGUCAGGGCCUCAACCUGCGCACCUCUCUCUACCUGGGAGGGGUGGAGGGCUCGGUCAAGCUCCCGGCAGCCGCCAACAUCUCCAGCCACUUCCAGGGGUGCAUCGGAGAGUUUUCGGUCAACGGGAAAAAGGUGGACAUUUCCUACAGCUUCCUGGAGAGUCGCGGCAUCUCGCAGUGCACCGACAGCUCCCCUUGCGACCGCAGGCCCUGCCAGCACGGCGGCCAGUGCUUGCUCACAGGGGAGUACGAGUUCCAGUGCCUAUGUCCGGACGGCUUCACGGGAGAACGCUGCCAGGUGUCCGAGGUCCAUUGCCAGCUCCACCAUCCCUGCCUCAAUGGGGGCACCUGCCAGGGCACCACCUGUCUCUGUCUCAGGGGCUUCUCGGGGCUGUACUGCGAACACGACGCAGGGCAGCACCACCUGAAGGCCGAAUGGCCAGAAGGCAGCGGAGGAAAUGACGCUCCUGGACAGUACGGGGCCUAUUUCUGCAACGGGGGCUACGUGGCCCUGCCCAAACACGCUUUCCCCAGGAGUCUUCCCGAAUCGCCGGAAACCAUUGAGCUGGAAGUGCGCACCAACUCCGCCGAGGGUCUGCUUUUCUGGCAGGGGGUGGAGGAAGGAGAACCAGGCAAAGGAAAGGAUUUCAUUAGCCUCGGGCUGAAGGAGGGGCACCUGCUGUUCAGUUACCAGCUGGGAAGCGGAGAGGCCAACAUCCGCUCCGAAGACCCCCUGGACGAUGGGGAGUGGCACCGGGUGACCGCUAUCCGGGAAGGGAAAAGAGGCUUCCUCCAGGUGGACGGAGAGGAGGCGGUGACCGGAGAAUCGUCCGGCCGGAAUGUCAUGGUCAACGCCAAAGGCCGGAUCUAUAUAGGAGGCGCCCCUGACAUCGAGACCCUCACGGACGGGAAGUACACCUCGGGAAUCACCGGCUGCAUCAAACACGUGGUGCUAGCCAACGCCCGGCCGGGCCAGGAGCCCCGGCAGCCGGUAGACCUGCAGCAUCAGGCGGAAAUGGCCCUGAACAUUCAGGAGUGCCCCUCAUAGGGGAGGCCCCCCCUUUGCUCUUCGUUGCCGUCGCCGGGCCAAGGGAGAGACAUCUAUGCUGAUUAUCCUUAUU